AUGACGGAAAGUUCAUGGUGGACAAAUCCAAUGACCCAACGUCUUGAUUUACUUUGUAGAAUCGCAUUGAGACAUAAGAUAGACCGUUUUGAUUCUGAAAAGUAUUAUGCUGAGGGCGAUACUUCUGAUUUCGAGCCUGAAUCUCAAAUUUCUACGCCUCGAUCAAAGAAUAAUAAUAACGAUCUUUCAAAAACAGUGCAUUCAGUGCAUUAUAAUCCUUUCGAUUCCCAGAUCACGGAAAUAGAUUCAAUGUUGGCAGUAUUUUUAGAAUACCAGUACCGAUCCAACGGAAUAUCUUCUCAAGAUGGGAAAAAUCUCGCCUAG